AAAAAAAAAUUAAGGAGGCCAGGGCUUCAAUUCGAGGUUUUACGGUAUACACUCAUUUCAUGCGACCAAAUAAUAUUGAAAUCAUGGCUCACUGGCGUUACAAUCACACUAAGUGUGCAGUCAGCCUAUCUGGACAUCUAUUUGAAACACCCUACAUAACGAAAUAUUAUAGGCCAUACAAAUUGCGUUGGCUCAUUAAAGUUACCCAUCUGAAAUUUAAAACAGGUAAUUUACAAUCCUCUCAUAACACGUUUUCGUUUCCCUACACCAUGUAUUGGCUCAGUAAUAAUUGAUGUUUACUUCAAGCUUAUAACUUUUGAAAUGAGCAAUUCUAUUUGUUAAAAUGUUUUUUAAUGUAUAAUAAUGCAGAUUUUAAAUUUUUUGUUAUUAUGGCUUGAUUGAUGGCAUUAUUGUUGAGAAAAGGGCCAAUAAAUGUUUUAUUAUUUAUAAGUCAACAAUACUCGUGCAGCUCAUAUUUAUGUUUGAAACAUAGUGUGAACCACUUCACAACCCGCCAACAGUGAAUGCUAUAGGAUGUAUUGGAAUUAUUGCCGUCGUAAUUGUAAAAACAUGUUUACAUUUCUUAUAGUUUUUUGUGUAUUUCACUGGACUUAUGGAUUUUUAAGUCGUUAGGUCAUUGAUAUGAUAAUCCUGCUCCUGAAUUGACCACAUGUUCAUCAAUAAACAGUCACGCUUUCCUAUGCAAUUUGAAUUUCAAUUUCGUUCUGGCGACAUAUACAUCAUUGUCAGCAUUAUUGUAAUUGUGCGUGUUGAAACGUAAAAUAUAGGUAUUUCACCUGCAGGAUCCGGAGUUUUGAUCUCUGUUUGGUUUGUGGAAGCGUACCAGCCUCAUCAAUAAAGGUGUCGAACAGAGUGAGACUUCAGACGACAUUUGAAAUUAGAAAUCAGUACGGUCCUAUUCACAUCUUUGAUCACAAUUCUCCAAUUCACCCGAGAAGAUAGUUUGCAUAUACGUGGAAAACGGCUUAACAUCACAUCAAUGAGAACCAACCUGCUAUCCAAUCCAGCACUGCAAACAUUAUUGCAACAUAGCAAACACAGGACGUUAUUAUAACAUUCGCAAACGUUGUGGAUAUGUUAUCAAGAAAACAACAAAUUAUGGAAUAUGGUGACGCAAUAAAUUGUUCUCUUAACACGGAUGAGGAUGAUGAUUGUGAUCCGAGGACAGAAAUCUCCGCCUGGGUCAUCUCUUACGUCUCGCUCGUGUUUGGUUCGAUUUUUGUAACAAGCGUCGUUGGUAAUGCUAUCGUAAUUCUAGCAAUUUAUUACGAGCCGUCACUACGCGUCGUACGAAACUACUUCGUUGCCAGUUUGGCCGUAGCAGACCUUCUCACUGGACUCAUUGCAGUUCCAACGACCGUUAUUUAUUAUUUAAUUUACAGGCGAAGUUUUCAAAAUACUGCUGUAGGCACAGAGUUUUCAGAGGGCAGUUCACUGUAUACUAUUCCGCUGUUUUAUUUCAUCUGGGCUUCUAUACAUAAUUUAUUAUUAAUAACGUUUGAUAGGUAUGUGGCAGUGAAUUGGCCUUUAACAUACAUUUCAAAACUUUCUCCAAAACGAACGUUAUACUUGAUAGCGCUUAGUUGGUUCGCAAGCCUAUAUCCUUGCAUCAUACCAUUUUUCUGGGACUUAGAAAAGUCGAAAGCGGGAAUGCAUUUCGAUACUUUUGGGAACAAAGUUCGCAACUGCAUAUGCUGUGUGUAUUUUACAUUAAUCAUGAUAAUCAUAAUUGUUUUACACUUCAAAACGUAUCGCAUCGCUCGGCAACAGAACAAGAAGAUAGAAAAACACCACCAACACAGUGGCGAGAAGAGCAGUCAGGAUGGGUCGAGAAGCCCGUCCCACAUUCUUCAGCGUGGAACUAUGAAAAUAUAUUGGGAGAUUCAACAAAAGGCAUUUAAAACUACAAGUCUAAUACUUUCGGUGUUUGUUAUUACAUUGUUUCCUCUUGUCGUUACGACAUCUGUGAGUUACAUUUAUGGUGUUACAUAUGCGGUCUUAAUGUGGAUUGUAGAAGCUGCGAUGUUUUGUAGUUCCUCUCUAAAUCCGUUUAUCUACGCGUUCAUGCGUCAAGAUUUUAACGUGGCUUUUCGUAAACUUUUCAGAUGUCGAACUCAAAGCGUUAACGAAGGGGAGUCAACGAUGAUAGUAUAACGCAAUAAUAGUUACUUAAAACAUACUGUUAAAACAAGGAAUCUUACAGUUUAAAGUUUUGUUCUAUGAAUGGUUACAGAGAGGCAUAUCUGUCCUAUAAGCAGUACAGUAUUCUGUGUUUUUUUUUUAUUUAUUUUUUAAUAACUACAAUCCGCAUGCUAAUAACAACUAAUUAUUAUUUUAAGUGAGUGCGCGAUUACUAAACUUCAUAAUGUGAAGGAAUCUGUUUCAUUAUUCCAGUUUUUAGUAGCCCUAAGCUAAAUUUUUGAUGGAAUGAAACAAUGUUUAUGUCGUGAAAAACGAUACAAUAAUUGUUGUUUACAAUUACAAAAACGUAGAUCUACACAAAAUCAAAGACAAAAUAUUGUCCGCAGAAUGAUGUAGGCCUCGUACUAAGAAUACACAAUCAUUAGAAGGAGAACAAUUUUAAGGAUUAUCUUGCAUCCUUCUAUCCAUCUAUCCUUCUGAGAUUGAUCAGACAACUGGCUAACCUGUAUCGAGUACGGUAGCCUCUACUACUGUUGGCGCUGAAUUGACUUCACACAGACGAGAACGUAAUUCCACGCGGCGGCUCUAAUAGAAAAUAUUAGAAAAGAAGUGCCAGCGCCCCCUGCAAUCCAGUAGGACCUAAACAAUGGCAAGCACUCAGGCAGGCUAUACUACGAAUAAACAGGACACGAAAUCAGUACCAUAGCUCUAUGAUCAGUCCACACUUUUCCUACUUUAGUGGGCGCUAUGACUUCCGUUACAAUGAAUGCAAAAUAAUUUACAAAGUGCGAGUUUGGUGAAAUUAAUAUAGACUUAAGCCUUUUCAAGAGGGUUUCUUUGAGGCAUAAAUUGAAUUAUUAUUCCAAUUAUUAGCAACAAUCUAGCAAUUAUCAUUUUUAAACAAAAGUCCUAGUGGUGUCGAGUGGCAGGGCGCAAAUGACUGGUAGGGUAACGUACCCCUGAGCAGGGAGUUGUUAUUUAGAAGGAGUCACAACACAUUAUCUACUUAUCUACAGCCAAUGAGCGAAGCGCGGUGUACUGAAUCUUCAAAGAGAACCGUGAUUAACUGCGUGUCUUUUGUCAAUAGGGUACAUUUCCGACGAUUUUGCGCCCUCGAUUGUUAAAAUUUUGUCUUUGUAGAGAAAAUAAUUUCGUGACAAACGACCAGUAGAGCAUGCCUUGAGCAUGCGCAGAGUUUUUUUUAUUCAAUUUUCGCUGUUCAAUAAAUUUGCAUCUCAAGAGAGUUUUACGUAGAAUAAUUUACAAAAAAACCGCAUAAAAAUUCGCCUUUUCGUUAAAAAGUUACGACUAUUUGAAGUGGCUAUAUGUGUUUGUUCGUACACUGUCAUUUGUAAUUUUCAUGGGUUUUUGGGAAAUUUUAAAGCCUAUAUUUUAUAUUUUCCGCACGUAUCUCCAUUUUAUAACUAGGACAAAUAGUUUAAGCAACUUGUUAACUAUCAUUUUCUUUAUUUCUCAUUUUCUUACAGUUUCGUACAGAAACGUAAUUUGAGUUGAAACUGAACAUGUUUUCGUAGCAGGGAAAUGAUAUAGGAGCAUAUAUCGGUUUGACGCUACUAUAGCGUGUAGUUGAUAACUGACACUCUCUCUAGUUGCCAUGCUUUUUCGUCACACACAAGCAUAAGAAGGUUUACUGCGCAUGCUCAUAUUCGGUAAUUGAACCUCGUCGUUAUCUACCUCUCUGCUUUCGUUAUCUUGUCGGAAAAGUAGGCUGAUCAAAAGAGAGGAUUUUGUUGUGACUCCUUCUAAAUAACAACUCCAUGCCCUGAGUAAAGGCCUAAAGCCGGCUUUUUAGUUAGGCCUACUAGUAGUAGGCCUACCACCGUAUUUUAAUCAAUUCUCUACGAAUCAAUGCAAAAGUAACUAUGGAUAUCACCGUAUGUUUAUUAAGGUAGCUCAGUAUUUUGCCAUUAUAAUAACUAUAUAUACUAAGUGCUUGUGGUACACCUCGUAGAUAGUUCUGAAAAGGACUGUUGUUUUGUUCAGAAAAUCUCGACUUGAAACUGAGUUGCUGAUACUUUUCGAUUGAGUUGCUUCAAUCGUCAUCAGGAGAAUAAUAUCUGCAGAGUCCAAACAGGGUAAUACUUAUAUUAUGGCAAAACUUUCUCAACAAAAAAAUAGUUCUUUUCAAAACCGUAUACGUCUGUGUACCACAAACAUUUAAUAUAUUAUUACUGCGCCAUGCAAACCUUCAAACAAUAAUAACUAUUCAUUAAUCAAUCACCUUUAAAUGAAUUACCAGAUGGCCUAUUAGUCGGAGUUGGUUGUAUUAUUAUGUAUUUUCAUAGCAAUUUGCAAUAUGAUGCAUUUCUGUAUGAAGUCUAUUAUUAUUAUCAAUAUAAGGAAAUGUCCUUGGCCAUGUGACGUCACCUGACAGAUUGUGACUUAAUCAUGAAUAUAUUCUGUAAUAUUUGGAAAUACAGUAUAUUAAAUAAUACUUUCAGUGUUAUUGUGGAGAAGUCCUUGAAUAUAAAACGCAUCUGAUCUGAUUUAGCGCUUCCUUCGCAGUAGCGCUUUGCGCCUAUAUAUAAACAUCAUCAUCAUUAUUAGCAUUUUGCAAACAAUCUAAAUACAAUAUCAGCUACAUUUGUUAGGAAACAUAUAUUAACAUAUUAUUUACUACAUAACAAGUUCACUGCUAUACAAUAUUAUAUCCUUAUUAAACAAAUUUGUUUUCAGAAGAUGGGGGGGGGGGGUGGUAUUAUUUCAGACCCAUACCCCAUAGCCAAAUAGUCUAUGCUAUUUUAUUUUAAUUUUUUAAACAGUAUUUAAAAAAAAUUAAACAUCCUUUGACGCUCUGCUUGCACAAACUUUACAUGACGUAAUUUACCUUGAUACAUUUUAUGGUUUUUAAAAGGGUGGUCAUUGUGCCAAUAGGGAGAUUUCGCAACCUUACGAAAACGAUAACGAAUACGAAUACGGCAAUGUCAUUAUCGUCAUUCGUGCCUAGAGCAUUCUUGACAAUAUGCUGUACGAGCUCUUUAUUAUGCUAUAUUAUUGUUUCACCGUGCCGUUACUAAGAUAUAAACAUGUAUAUUGACAAUACUAAGUCUAUAUAAAGUGCGCUUGCGAUUUUCAUUUUGAUACGCAUUUUCUAGGUCUAAGUAAUUAUUCAGAAACGAUUU